GAGAAAUGUUUUAAAAAUGGUUUGUGGAACUAUGGAGGUUGUAGUUCCGACCGCUAGGUGGGAUUCACUCUACGAUACACGACCAGAAAAGGUGGAGGUAGCAGUUACUUGUUUAAAGAAUAGUAUCAUUGGUAACCUGAAGCAGAAGGAACUGAUAAUAGAACAGGGACUGUUGGCUAGACUGAUCAGUCUUCUAGUGGAUCAUGAUGUUCAUCCGAGGAUCAAAACAAGUGUUGUUCAUAUUAUCAGUUCUAUUUCCAAGGGAUCGGAUACAACAAGACGUUCUUUACUAGAUUCAGGCGUUGUUAAAAUUCUUCUAAAUGGGCUCAACUUUUCAGAUCUAAAGUUGACGGAAGCCUGCUUACAGAGCCUAGUCUCCAUAUUUAAUAUGAAAAAUCCACCUGUAGAGGUGAUAUAUUCCGAUCCCAUCGUAGUUUCUCAAAUAUUAAGUUUAAUGCCGCAAUCAACUAAUUGUGGAAUUGCGGCCUGUCGUCUUCUAUCUGCUGGUACUAUGAGUACAGAGCAGCAGAAUAUACUGGUGAGCGGUGGAGCUCCUAAUAUAUUGUGUAGUCUGCUUAGCAGCCCGGUCACAGAGGCGCAGCUCAGUGCGCUUCAUUGUCUUGCUAAGAUUGUAUACCAGAACGAGAAUGCCGCGCAGAAGUAUUUGAUUACCAGUGAUCAUGGUAAACAGCUUCUGAGUCUAGUUGUACAGUACACAAGGCGGGAGUACAUAGAGGAGAUACAACUUGAAUCCAGCAGAAUACUCACAUAUAUGUACAGGAGUAAAGUGCUGGAGAAGGAGGAUGUGGUGGUGUACAGGGUUCUACCCUGCCUUGUCAGGCUCUGCAAGAAGGAGGAGAAGGUUGAGAACAGGAUAGUUGCAGCAGAAACCCUGGCCUACCUUAUUCAGGUUAAUGUUGAACUUCAACAGAUUGCUGCAAUCUCAAACCAUCUGAUCCCAACUGUUGCAAGUUUCCUAAAAUGGGCUCCAGAACCCAAACAGAGAUCUGGAGGUAUGACCAAACUGCAGUUAACUCAGCUAAAUCAGAAAAUCGAAGAGGACGCGAAUAAUUUGAAAAAUCUACGCAAAGCUGCGUUCAAUUUGUUUGGAAGUUUGUCUGCUGAUGAUGAAGAUAUUAGGAAAAGAUUAAUAGAUACGGAACCUUUAGUUGAUACUGUAGUAGGAGCUCUACAGGAUAAUGAUGAAGAUUGGAAGGAAGUAAAGAUGGCGGCCAUACGUUGCCUUCAUUCUCUUUCAAGAUCAGUUCAGCUUCUCAGAACUACUUUCCAGGUUGAGAGUGUUCUUGUUGCUUCCUCUACACUCUGUAAUCUACUCUUGGACUUUUCACCAAGCAAAGAGAAACUUCUUGAUUCAGGUGCUGUAGAGCUUCUAUGUGAGCUGACCCAUCAGCAGGAUCCUAGUCUGCGCUUGAACGGAGUCUGGGGACUAAUGAACCUCUCAUUCAAUUCAGAGCAAAGGAUCAAAUCUCAUAUUAUGACAACAUUGGGGACAGAUCAGGUGUUCCGUCUGUUGUCAGAUCCUGGAAUCCAGGUGGUGAUGAAGACCUUGGGCCUGCUGAGGAACCUGCUCAGCAACGACAAGCAGCAUAUUGAUCAUAUUUCCAGUUUAUAUGGGAAACAGCUGAUGCACGCAGUCGUCUUCAUUCUAGAGUCGGAGAAUUCACCAGAAGUAAAAGAACAAGCCCUCUGCUUGCUGGCAAAUAUUGCAGACGGAGACACGUCUAAGAAGUUAAUUGUUGAUAACGAGGAUAUGUUGAAGAAACUUAAGUCCUAUAUGCUCCAUAAUAAUACUAAUCUCCAGACUGCUGCUGUAGUGUGUAUUCAGAACCUAGUCUGGAGAGAAGAGGAUGGAAGCUGUGAACGUCAGGCCAAGCUUAAAGAUAUUGGUGUGUUCAAUAUAUUGAAACAACUGCUUGCAACUGAGGAUACUGAUCUAUUUGAGAAGGUUAAAACAGCUCUCCAACAAGCAUCAAUGUGACAGGGGGUUGAAUCUUCUCUCGGGGACCUCAGUGAAAAUAAAGAUCGAUAUUUAGAGGAUUUUCAGCUUCUCAGCCUCCAGACUUCAGAACCUUUAUGGCAAGUGAACCUCGGCCCUGUAGACCAACCUCAAGGAGUUCAGCCUCAGCAAGAUCAUAGUCCUGAGGAUGUUCUUGAUCCUGAGAACCUGUCUGAUCCCGAGGAGGAUGUCCCUGGUCCUCUGCUGAGAAAUGUUCUUGAAGAGGAUGAAGAGGAGGAGGAGGAUGACUGGAGUCCUAUUCUGCCAAGGAGGGACGGGAUGCAGAAAUAUCUUUAACUUAGAGUUAAAAUUUAAAUCAAAUAAAAAUCAUUAUUUUGCUGGGUGUCCUUGAAACAAUAUGAUUUAUCAUAAAUUAAGGUUAAGUAGCUCACGGGGCUAAUUUUAUUUUAUUUAAAUACAUUCCCCCUAUUUUUGACCAAUUUUUGAAGGCAGUUAAUUUUUGUUUUUUUUGUUAUUCAAAUGCGCAACUGUUAUUCUAUGUUCUUCCCCUUAUAUGGUUAGAAUUUUUUAUUUUGAAAUACCUGUUAUUUUUAUAUUGGCUAUUUAUCUUCUAAACAAGUAUACAUAUAUUUAA